UAUAAAAUGGAUGACUGAUUUGACUGGGAAAAGGAAUUUGCAGAGUAUAAGAACGGAGUAGCUGGAGUUUGUUAUGUAAAUUCCCUGGAAAUCACAGCUCAAACCGAUACUUCUUGUAGCGUUGAUUUGGAAACCUUAGAGGGAGAUGUUUACAAAAUAAACUGGGAAAUCACAAAAGGGGGUCAAAUAGUUGAUCCUGAAGGACAAGAGGAAAGGAGAUAUGAAGAUAUCAAUCAAUUGUUAAAUGACAUCUCUCCUGAGUAUAGGAAAGCAUUUGAGAAAGCAUUCCUUGCAAAGUUCAAUAUGUAA